AAUAGAUAGCUUGUGACCGGAGAACUAAGCUGCGGUAUCCUGUGCUAUCAGUGUUUUUCGCGAGAUUGAAGUGGGCUCUGCAAGCAGACAAAAGCUAGGAAUAUGGACAUCGUAAUACGUUAUCCAUCCAAAGCAGAACGCAAGUUGGCCUAUACGGACGUCAUCAUCGUCGGAGUGAGAAACAAGGACGCCCACAAAACUCUACCAAGCUGCAAAGUGAUUGUACAACCUAAUGAGUAUCAUCGAUACGCUACAGCUACCUUGCCAGCACUUAAACCGCAGAAAUGGGAAGAAGUAGAAAUUAAAGUCGAAGUGCAAAAUCCUGGCAGACCCAACAUUAGAAAACUAUGCUCUGAAUUUGUUGUGAAAGUCGGUGAUCACGAGCAUACAGAACACGUUCAAGUUGCAAACUACAACCGGGGUGUCAACGACUACGUUCCCCAGAGACUAGGAGAGAGAGCAAAGGAAGUGAAGGUUUACAACAUUUUGAUGUUUGGAACGGCGGGUGCAAGCAAGUCUUCAUUUGUUAAUACCAUCUUAACAAUGUUACAAGGUCCUGAAGAAUCCAAAAUGUGUCGAAUGGCAGAAAUAGGAGGUAGUGCCGACCACGCUACUCGCAAGUUACAUUGCUUCGAUGUGUCCGAGAUCUUCGAAGAUGUCAAAUUCAAUCUGUGGGAUACGUGGGGCGUAGACCGCAAGUCCUAUUCAAAGGACAUCGUAGACACGCUGGUGGAUGGUAAGCUACCUCAAAACUGGAGUAUGUCGAUGCAGUUUGAGAAAUAUCGAGAUCGGUUUGAAAAGCAAAAGGAGACUGUCCAAACUCAAAUGCAUGCCAUUAUGUUUUUUGUUCCUCAAGCAAUGCUCACUGAUAUAGACGACGAGGAGGCUGCACGUAUCCAAGAAAUUUUUCAGUCUCUUAUUGCCAAGCUUUACAAUCCUCUGGUUAUCCUCAGCAAGGUGGACGAGGUUUGUCCACAAAUCAGGAGUGAUCCUUUAUCAAAGGUAAAGGAAGUUGAAGAUCUGAGAAAGAAGACAGCAGAAAUGUUCAAGAUUGGGCUCAAUAGCGUACGCUUUACCGUCAACUACACAGAAGAGCCAACCCGUACGUUUGGUAUCGAAGCUUUAGCAUACGAAAACAUCGAAUGUGCAUUGCAACAUUGCGAGUCAUUCGUCCAGUCGAGAAUCAUGCGCUUUGGUACUGUCAAAGCGUCUGACAUAGUCGAUAAGGACGGUCUCAUUUGGCCAUCAGACUCCGACGACGAAGACUGAUGAUGAACAUGACAAUUGCUGACACUAUUUGGUGCUUUACAAUUUAUGUGGCUUUCUUCUAUCCGGCUAGUAUGAUAAGACUUGAACGAUACAUUUUGUUUGUUCAGCUGCACUUUCGGCGUCAUUAUCUAUGUUGGUGUUGGGUUGCUCUAAUUUCUAUUUACGAUUUGGGAAACUG